AUGUUUGUCAUCUUUUUGCCGGUGGUGUGCCUGACGCUGAUCGGCGCAGACUAUAUCGAUCCGAAGCGGGGGGUGUUUGAUACCUCCGCGCCGGUGCGCCGCAUGAUGCAGUGGGGCAUCGGGGAGAACCCGGCGGUGAUGACCGAGCGGCCGAACGCCACGCUGCCGUACCACACCUGGUGGACGAUCGGCAGCCGCGCAGGCGAUCUCUCGAACGCGCUUACGCCCCUCGUGGUGAUCUUUGCUUUGAAGCAGGCGCCAUUUGCGCUCAUGUCCAUGCCGUACUUUGGCAGUCUCUCGGUCCAUGCGCUCGCGUUCCUGCACAAGUGGGGCGGGGGGCUGUUGUGGCUCUAUGCGACGAUCCACACGGUCGCGUGGUGCAUUCAGAUCGGGACGGACAAGAGCCGCAAGCCGGACAUUUGGUCGCACCUCUUGGUCGUGCCCCGCUUCCGCUGGGCGAUCGUUGCAUACAUCUUUCUCACAGGCCUCGUUACCCUGUCGAUCGAGCCGAUCCGGCGGCACUACUACGAGGCGUUCUACGUGGCACACGUCGUGUGCGUGUUUGGCUUUCUUAUCGCGACCUGGGCGCACCAUCCGCAGCUGGGCUGGUGGAUGCUCGCGGCGCUCUUGCUGUGGAUGCUUGAGCGGCUCACGCGCAUCGUGCGUGUGAUGUGGAUCAACUACAGCGAGAAGCCGGCGUCGCUCAAGCAGGCGCCCGCACAUAUGCCGCUGGAUACACAGCCCGAGCGCAAGGAAGAGCCGAUGCGCUCGGGUCUGUACAGCACGAGCGGCCUCGAGGCGUCGCACGCGGACCUCCCGCGCUAUCCCUCGCAGCCGUACGACAUGUCGAGUGCGGGCGCCUCGCGCGUCGACCUCGGCUGGGAGCACGGCUCGCAGGUUGAGGGCUCCUUUCACAAGGAUGCUGCGCACGACUGGAACGAUUCGGGGGACGUUGCGAUGCACCCGCUCUCGAUGCAGAGCAACCUUUCGCUCGCGCGCCCGGCCACGCCGCGGCACGUUGCACCGCCCGCGAUUCCCGCGGCGCUUGCCGCGCCUUUUCGUCCCGUCGUCUCGCGCGACCUGCGCAUGCAGCUGUUUCCGGGCUACGCAUUUAUCCAGCCGUUGUCGGGGCAGAUGAUGCGCCUGGUGCUGCGCACCGCCUCGCCGAUCCGGUGGCGGCCAGGCCAGUGGCUGUACCUGCAGCUCCCAAGCCUGUCGUGGUUCCAGAGCCACCCGUUCACGAUCGCCAGCUCGUUUACCAAGAAGAAGAACGACAAGUACGGCGUCGAUCCGGACUUGAACGACGUCGACCAGCUCGUCCUGCUGCUGAUUCGCGCACGCGGCGGCCUUACGCGGCGCCUCUGGGACCACGUCGAACAAUCUUGUCGCUCUGCCGAGCCGCAGCAAGAGUCGCUCGCGGCGUCGACCGCCUUCCCGGUCCUCGGCCAAGGGCAGGUCAAGUCAGAAGUCAAGGGCGCGUUUAUGCGCGCGAUUGUCGACGGGCCGUUUGGCAGCAGCGACCGCAUCGACUGGGGCGCAUACGCCUCGGCGGUGAUCGUGUGCGGCGGCUCGGGCGUGUCGUUUGGUAUCUCGGUGUUGGAUCACUUGUGCCGCCAGAUUGCGCGCGCGCUGCGCGGCGAACAGGUGCGGGGCAUGUACGGACGGCCGUUCCACCUGCGCCGCGUUUGCUUUGUGUGGAUCAUGCGCGAGUUUGCGCACCUGCAGUGGGCCGCAAGCGCGAUCCGCCUGUGCCUCGAACUGCUCCCUCCGCAGAAUUUGACGGUGCAGAUCUACGUCACGCACGUCAACCAAAAGCUCGUGCUGCCGCAGGAUCCAGGGAUGUCGCCUGCGCAGUCGCCGCAAAUGGCAGACGCAGCGACGCCGGACGCGCCGCCGGUGCUUGCGCUUGACGUCAACGCGCCGCCGGCGGCCCCGGCGGUGCUCACGCACGAGUCGGACCUCGGCGAUUUGGCGCUGAACGAGGGCGAGCUUACACAGUUCUCGCCUGAAGAAGACGCGCCGCUCUCGGCGAUGGACCGCUCGAUGAACGACUACAUUAUGCGCGAGGGCAAGAUGCGCCGCGCCAAGACGCGGCACAAGUCGAUGCGGCGCCCUCGGCGUGGCCCCUCGCCGCCGUCGCGCAAAAACACCGACGACCCGUCCGCGGGCUUUGCCGAGCAGCAUGCCACGGCCCAGGCCGGCGUCGAUCUCGGCCGCCGGCGCCCCAUUGCCGCCCCGGGCUCGCUCACGGCCGCGGCGAACCAGGCGCUGCUCAGCGAGCCCUGGUCGCAGACGCCGGCCAUGACGCCCGGCACCGGCCCGGGGACGCCUAUCUACCCCAGUGGCUCGGUGACGCCGAUGCGCCCAAUGAGCCCCCCGGCGGCGGUGUCGGGCAGCCCCGGCGUAAUGAGCCCCGCACCGAUGGUGUCGAGUGCGGACGACUACUUUUCCAUGUCGCCGCACGCCCCGGGCGUGCCGGGUACCAAUACCUAUCCCCCCCCGUCGACGGACGAAGGGCACACGAUCGACAUGACGGGUUCGUACCAAGAGCCCCGGGCGCUGGCAAACCUCGACGCGAACGAGAUUUCCGACUUUGACGUCAUGGCCGAGCUGACGCGCGCCGGCUACCCCAAGCUCGAUGCGCUGAUCCACGACGAGAUGGAGCACGCGGGUGGCCGCACGCUCACCGCUGCGUGCGGCCCGGCCGGCCUCCUUGCGCUGAUCCGGUCGAUCGUCGCGAAGCAGAUCAGUGUUCACAAGGUGUGGCAGGGCGAUCUUCGCGGCCAUGCGAAUGUGUAUACCGAGUCUUACGAUUCAUGA